AUGUCGUCGACGUCGACAGAUACAGCCUUUCUUGCGGGUGUCGAAGUUUUCUUCUUCGACGUCAUUGGCACCGUUCUCGAUUGGAAAGGCAGCGUGCCGAAGCAGCUGCGAGUCGUGGUCAACGUCGAAGCUGCAGUCGACUGGACUCGGUUUGUGGUGGAGUGGAGGACAGCCUUCUGGAACAAGCUGGAGCCGCUCGCAUCUGAGGAAACGGUUCGUCCGGGGGCGAUAGACAUUAUCCAGCGCGAGGCACUUGAUACAUUGCUAAGCACUCCUCCAUGGAGCCAUCUCGGAGAGCUGUGGGACGACCAGAAGCGCCAGGAGGCUGUCACGAUGUGGCACAAGCUCAACGGUUGGCCCGACUCCUCUCGCGCGCUGUACGCCCUGAAGAAGCAUGCCGUCAUCAGCACCCUCGCGAACGGCAGCGUGCGCCAAUUCGUCGACAUCGCUAAACAUGCUGACCUGCCCUGGGACGUUGUCCUUACGGGCGAGCUCCUCGGCGGGUACAAGCCGAACCCUGCCAUAUACCACGCCGCCCUUGCCCAUCUGUCGGUCACUCCAGCACAGUGCUGCAUGGUCGCCGCACACGCGUACGACGUCCGUGCCGCCGGCGCGCUCGGCGUCCGGACGGUGUACGUCCGCCGCGAGACCGAGGACCAGGAGGCGGUCGAAGGCCAAGGCAGACUGUGCGACAGUGUGCGGCCGAAGAGCGAGGGCGGAGACGUCGACCUCGUCGUUGAGUCGCUGGAUGAGCUCGUGCGGGUCGUCGAGCGGGUCAAGGGCGCGGCUGCAGCGUGAGCAACCGGCAGGGUCGCGUGACGACAAGUUGCGCGCUGAACAUGCGGGUGUAUUCAAGAAAAUUGCGGGCUGUGAAACAAAAGCGAUGCUAUGCUACAGAUCGAACGUGAAAGAAAUGCCAAGAAACGCCAAGAAACAAAAAAAAAAAAUGGUAGACUGUGUGACGAUUAAUGCGGUGUACGGUAGGCACUGCGUGUGAAGAAUCAAGAAGUCAGGCGCCGUAUGGUUCACUAGUUUUACAAGAGAUAUUUAACAGAUGGGUUAUUCAGAUCACGACGAGAUUAAAUUGCACUAUCAAGCGGCUUCGACAGUCCAGGCAGCCUGGACGUCGUAGUUGUCGUGGGUUGCGUGGUAUUGCUUUUCGGUUCGAUAAAGUCGGUGGACGAGACAUCUGCGACUGGGCGAUGCUCGGCCUUAAGGGUAUCGCCAGGAAAGAGAUGUUGGUCGGCGGAGACAGGCUCCUGGGGAACUAAUGCAGAGAUGGUCAGUGCAAUGUCGGAUAUCUCCUUCGUCUCGACUUCGAUUGUGGGCUGCUUCGCUGGUGCAGUCGGCGGGGGUGCUUCAGCGUUGUCGUCGCGGCCUCGGCUAACUUCAAGUGGGCCUCCUGGUUCCUUCAUAUCGUGACACGCAGUCCCGCUGGGUGGCGCCAAGGGCUCGGCAGGUUCUUUGCCGGCCUGAGCGACGUCGUGAUCGACUUCCAUAUGGUCGUUUGUCGCCGCCGGCUGCUCUGCGACAGCGCUGGCACCCUGCAUGAGACCAAAUUGCGCCGUCAACGACUGCAAGUCGUCCUCAGGCGGCUUGCUCGCCGCUUUUAGCGCCCUUGCGAGGAUAAACCCCAUGUCGCCGUCUGUCAUGCCACCCACCGGCGGCCGCGACAUCAGACUCUGCACAUCCGACGCGCUCGACUGUGCAAGCCCACCAGCAUCCUCUUCGUCGGACGGUCCUGGCGUCAGCGGACCCGACAUGCACCUCCAAAGGACAAGCUCAGUCGAGGUCCACUCAUCGAUGGCGUCCUUGGAGCCGACGUAGGCAUGUAUGUUCGGAAUGCCCUUCUUCCGGACAAGGCCCUCCUCGGAAUACGGAAGCCGUCUCCAGUGCUUGAGCGGUUUGCCGACAUAAAAUCCUCCUCGCUUCUGCACCGGCGGACGAGGGUCGGCUGCCUGUAAGGACGACCCAUCCACGGCAGGUGCGACUGACGGCGCGACCGACGCACGCGUGUCUGCUUGCGUGGACGACACAAGCUCGUCCUCCCCGCUCUCCUCCUCGGCGCCAUCCGACGCGUGCGUAUGAGCUCUCGCAAAACGCGGGUCGUGGGCAUCGUCUUCUUCAAAGUCGUUUGGCCGAGAGACGAUGAUGUUCUGACUCGAACUAUCCGCGACGAUGCCGAUACCAAUGCGGUCCAUCUUGACGCCAUAAAUCGUGCCCCACACCGCACCCUGAGGCAGCGCCAUCUUCGCCGCAAUGUCAAGUUCUUGCUGCGUGGGCGCAGUGUGCUUCUUCGGCGGCUUGGGCAUAAGAGAAGGCUUCGUGUCGCCGGCAACGGAGACGGAGCGUCGCAGGUUUGUAGAACGCGAGGUAGAACGUCGGUGCCGAUUUUGAUCUGCCUUGUCCCUGGUUUUGGCCGCCGCAACCUUAGCCUUCUCCUUCAGGAGCGACUCGAAAUAAUACGCGGAUGGUGCGAUGUUAAUCUUCUCGCCGCGACUGGAGACAUACACCUCUCCACGCUUUUGACAGCAGUGGGUGCAGUUACAGAUCUGAAGGCACCUCGGGCACUUGAAGGAGACCGCGUAUACAUCAAACUCCAUAUCCGGAUAGCUAUCAUCACGAAUGAGCUCGCGAACACAGCAAACAAACAACGAGAAAACACGCACCGGAGCCUGAUACAUUUCUCGCAAUACACAGCCCCGCAGGUGUCACCGUCCUCCUUGAUGACCGUACACCGCAGCUUCUCAAAGUAGUUCCUGUUCCGGCACUGGUGGCAGUACGGCACGUCCACAGCAAGCUCCCGAAUCUCUUCUGCCGUCCUGUCCUCUCCCGCGUCUGCGGCAGCCUCCCCGUCCUCGCCCGGCGGCCUGGACGCAGAAUCGUCGUCCGCAUGGGCGAACCCCGCCUCCACGGCGCGCGCCGACGGCUUCCGCCUGCGCUUGCCCUCGGGCCCCUCCUUGACCCAAUACGACCCCGGCUCGCGUCCUUCUUCUUGCGCGACGCGCGCGCGAUACCCCACGUCCGCGGCGCGCUCCUUGCCCUUCGCCUUGCCCUUCCCGCCGGGCGCGGCCGCGCCCAGACGCGCCUUCGACUUCGGCCCGGGUUUCGACGCGUGCGGGGCUCGCUCCUCGUCGUCUUUCGCAGCAAUAUCAGAGGUAGUGAUAUCAGCAUCGGCAACGGCAACGGCAGCUGCGCGGGCGGACGGCGGGGUCGGCGUGGCGGUCAGCGAGCGCGGGCGCAGGGGCGUGGGCGGCCCGCCAAGGAGCGACGGAUCAAUGGUGCCCACGCCGCCCUGAGGAAACACGUGCGGAUCGACGCCGAGAGCCGGGCCCAUGGCUGCGUGGUGUGCGUGCGCAUGCGCCGGCCCGAUACCCAUGCCGACGCCGCCGACGUUGCCGCCGCC